CAGCUAACCUAAACUAACUGUUUACCAUGUUAUAUUUGUUGUUUACUGUUUACCAGGUUAUGUUUGUUGUUUACUGUUUAUCAGUAUAUAUUUGUUGUUUACUGUUUACCACAUGUUUGUUGUUUACAGUUUACCAGGUUAUGUUUGUUGUUUACUGUUUAUCAGUUUAUAUUUGCUGUUUACUGUUUACCAUGUUAUGUUUGUUGUUUACUGUUUAUCAGUUUAUAUUUGUUGUUUACUGUUUACCACAUUAUGUUUGUUGUUUACUGUUUACCAUGUUAUUUUUAUUGUUUACUGUUUACCAGGUUAUGUUAGUUGUUUAUUGUUUACCACAUUAUGUUUGUUGUUUACUGUUUACCAAAUUAUGUGUGUUGUUUACUGUUUACCAUGUUAUUUUUAUUGUUUACUGUUUACCAUGUUAUUUUUAUUGUUUACUGUUUACCAGGUUAUGUUAGUUGUUUAUUGUUUACCAAAUUAUGUUUGUUGUUUACUGUUUAUCAUGUUAUAUUUGUUGUUUACUGUUUACCAGGUUAUGUUAGUUGUUUAUUGUUUACCAAAUUAUGUUUGUUGUUUACUGUUUAUCAUGUUAUAUUUGUUGUUUACUGUUUACCAGGUUAUGUUUGUUGUUUACUGUUUACCAUGUUAUGUUUGUUGUUUACUGUUUAUCAGUUUAUAUUUGUUGUUUACUGUUUACCAUGUUAUGUUUGUUGUUUACUGUUUACCAGGUUAUGUUUGUUGUUUACUGUUUACCACAUUAUGUUUGUUUACUGUUUACCAGGUUAUGUUUGUUGUUUAUUGUUUACCACAUUAUGUUUAUUGUUUACUGUUUACCACAUUAUGUUUGUUGUUUACUGUUUACCAGGUUAUGUUUGUUGUUUACUGUUUACCAUGUUAUUUUUAUUGUUUACUGUUUACCACAUUAGGUUAAUUGUUUAUUGUUUACCACAUUAUGUUGGUUGUUUACUGUUUACCAGGUUAUGUUUUCUGUUUACUGUUUACCAUGUUAUUUUUAUUGUUUACCGUUUACCAGGUUAUGAUUGUUGUUUAUUGUUUACCAGGUUAUAUUUGUUGUUUAUUGUUUACCACAUUAUGUUUGUUGUUUACUGUUUACCAUGUUAUUUUUAUUGUUUACUGUUUACCAGGUUAUGUUAGUUGUUUAUUGUUUGCCACAUUAUGUUUGUUGUUUACUGUUUACCAGGUUAUGUUUUCUGUUUACUGUUUACCAUGUUAUUUUUUAUUGUUUACUGUUUACCAAGUUAUGUUUGUUGUUUACUGUUUACCAUGUUAUUUUUUAUUGUUUACUGUUUACCAGGUUAUGUUAGUUGUUUAUUGUUUACCAAAUUAUGUUUGUUGUUUACUGUUUACCAUGUUGUGUUUGUUGUUUACUGUUUACCAGGUUAUAUUUGUUGUUUACUGUUUACCAGGUUAUGUUUGUUGUUUACUGUUUACCAUGUUAUGUUUGUUGUUUACUGUUUAUCAGUUUAUAUUUGUUGUUUACUGUUUACCAUGUUAUGUUUGUUGUUUACUGUUUACCAUGUUAUUUUCAUUGUUUACUGUUUACCAGGUUAUGUUAGUUGUUUAUUGUUUACCAAAUUAUGUUUGUUGUUUACUGUUUACCAUGUUAUGUUUGUUGUUUACUGUUUACCAGGUUAUAUUUGUUGUUUACUGUUUACCAGGUUAUGUUUGUUGUGUACUGUUUACCAUGUUAUGUUUGUUGUUUACUGUUUAUCAGUUUAUAUUUGUUGUUUACUGUUUACCAUGUUAUGUUUGUUGUUUACUGUUUAUCAGUUUAUAUUUGUUGUUUACUGUUUACCACAUUAUGUUUGUUUACUGUUUACCAGGUUAUAUUUGUUGCUUACUGUUUGCCACAUUAUGUUUGUUGUUUACUGUUUACCAGGUUAUAUUUGUUGUUUACUGUUUACCAUGUUAUUUUUAUUGUUUACUGUUUACCACAUUAGGUUAAUUGUUUAUUGUUUACCACAUUAUGUUGGUUGUUUACUGUUUACCAGGUUAUGUUUUCUGUUUACUGUUUACCAUGUUAUUUUUAUUGUUUACCGUUUACCAGGUUAUGAUUGUUGUUUACUGUUUACCAGGUUAUAUUUGUUGUUUAUUGUUUACCAGGUUAUAUUUGUUGUUUAUUGUUUACCACAUUAUGUUUGUUGUUUACUGUUUACCAUGUUAUUUUUAUUGUUUACUGUUUACCAGGUUAUGUUAGUUGUUUAUUGUUUGCCACAUUAUGUUUGUUGUUUACUGUUUACCAGGUUAUGUUUUCUGUUUACUGUUUACCAUGUUAUUUUUAUUGUUUACUGUUUACCAAGUUAUGUUAGUUGUUUAUUGUUUACCAAAUUAUGUUUGUUGUUUACUGUUUACCAUGUUGUGUUUGUUGUUUACUGUUUACCAUGUUAUAUUUGUUGUUUACUGUUUACCAGGUUAUGUUUGUUGUUUACUGUUUACCAUGUUAUGUUUGUUGUUUACUGUUUACCAGGUUAUAUUUGUUGCUUACUGUUUGCCACAUUAUGUUUGUUGUUUACUGUUUAGCAGGUUAUAUUUGUUGUUUACUGUUUACCACAUUAUGUUUGUUUACUGUUUACCAGGUUAUAUUUGUUGCUUACUGUUUGCCACAUUAUGUUUGUUGUUUACUGUUUACCAGGUUAUAUUUGUUGUUUACUGUUUACCAGGUUAUGUUUGUUGUUUACUGUUUACCAUGUUAUGUGUGUUGUUUACUGUUUACCAGUUUACAGGAUCUUGUUUACUGUUUGUUGUUGCUUUUUAAUCUCAGAUGGAAGACACAUUUACAGAGAGUAUUGACAGUAGUACUGGCAGUAGUACUAACAGUAGUAGUGGGAACAGGACAGAGAACUGUACUUUGGUUCAUCUUUAAGGAAGUAAUUUCAAAAUAAGAUUUUAAAAACAGAAAAUUAUGUUUAACUCUAACAGCAGAAAUCUGAGUUUCUGAUGUGUCACAGAG